AAUGUAGAACUGAAUCAAUUCACUGUCAAACGCACAGAUCACUAACCCGUUCGAAUUAAUAAUCUCUGCGUAAAAGGCGGUGGGUUCAAAGAGCAAAGGUUCAGUUACAAUUUUUGUUAUUCUGUAUAUUAUAUAUUUAAUAGUUUUAAAGUUUAAAAUAUACUACAUAGGAUUCCUCAAACACCAGAACUGUAAGCCGCGAAUUAAAGAGCAGCAAAAAUUACAAAGGAGGUUUCGCUUAGUAAUCACGUAUGCCACAAUCCUUAUAACCAAGGAUUCUUACUUUUACCAGUUAUAACAUUUUUUACAUAAUUUUUCACAAAAUGUCUUGGCUACAACAGGUUUCAAGAACUUUAUUAAGAAGUGGUCAUCGAAUUAUCCCAGAAUCUUGCAAUUAUAGUUCUGCAGUUCCUGGAGGUUAUAAUUUUACUUUAAAUGAGACACAACUGGAGAUUCAGGAAUUAGCUAGAAAAUUUACAAAAGAAGAAAUUAUUCCUGUUGCUGCCGAGUAUGAUAGAACUGGAAAAUAUCCAUUUGACUUAAUUAAGAAGGCUCAUGCUUUGGGACUUACUAAUUGUCAUAUACCAGAAAAAUUUGGUGGUUUGGGAAUGGGUACAUUUGACGAAUGUUUAAUUGCUGAAGAAAUGGCUUAUGGUUGUACUGGAGUUAAGACAGCAAUUGAAGCUAGUGGAUUAGGUCAAACUCCAGUUAUUGUAGCUGGGAAUGAUGAACAAAAGAAGAAAUAUUUGGGGAGAUUAAUAGAAGAACCUUUAGUUGCUGCAUAUGCCGUUACUGAACCAUCGGCAGGUUCUGAUGUAAAUGGUGUAAAAACACGUGCGGUAAAGAAGGGCGACGAAUGGAUUCUCAAUGGACAAAAAAUGUGGAUUACGAAUGGAGGAGUAGCUAACUGGUAUUUUGUAUUAGCCCGUACAAAUCCAGAUCCUAAAGCUCCAGCUAGUAAGGCUUUUACUGGAUUUAUUGUUGAGAGAGAAUGGGCUGGAGUAACCCCUGGAAGAAAGGAAAUAAAUAUGGGUCAGAGAUGCUCAGAUACUAGGGGAAUUACAUUUGAAGAUGUGCGUAUUCCAAAAGAAAAUGUUCUUCAGAGUGAAGGAGCUGGAUUCAAAAUAGCUAUGGCAACUUUUGACUUAACCAGACCACCAGUUGCAGCUGGAGCAACAGGUCUAGCUCAACGAUGCUUGGAUGAAGCCACCAAAUAUUCGUUGGAAAGAAAAACUUUUGGUGUACCAAUCGCACAUCAUCAAGCAGUAGCUUUUAUGUUGGCCGACAUGGCAAUUGCUGCUGCAACAGCUCGUCUAAGUUGGAUGAAAGCUGCAUGGGAAGUAGAUCAUGGUAUUAGGAAUACCCUCUCUGCUUCUAUUGCCAAAUGCUACGCCUCCGACAUUGCUAAUAAAUGUGCUACUGAUGCAGUACAAAUUUUUGGUGGAAACGGCUUUAAUACCGAAUAUCCUGUAGAAAAAUUAAUGAGGGAUGCUAAAAUUUAUCAAAUAUAUGAAGGAACUUCCCAAAUUCAAAGAAUGAUAAUUUCUAAAGCCAUUAUUGAAAAAGCUAAACAAACAGCUUAGACUGAGUGUAAAUCUCUUUUUAUGAAUAAACCUAAUUUAAGAAAUUUAUAUAUACAAAUGGAAAAAUAUUGUUUUUUAGAAUACCUAGUUAUAAGAUGUACGUUUUGUAGUGCUAUUUAAUUCAAAACAACUAUGAGAUGUUCAUUUUCCAUUCACACACACCCUUUUUUGGAAUUUCUAACAAUAGCAGCUUUUCUGAUAAAAGUAUUCUGAUGGGUAUAAAAUAGUUUUAAGUUCUUCUUCUUCUUCAUUCUCAUAGCUGAUUACCGUUGAAAUACACUCAAUAAAAAUAUUUGUGAGCACAAGCUGAAGUUAUAAGAAAACAAGCUAAUUACAACCACUAGAAAAAAACAGGUAGAUAGGCACAGCAUGUAGAUACGAUAUUUAGCAAGACCAAAGUACUAGGUUUCUUUUCUUCUCAAAGCUAUAAUUCAAUAUUAAUAUAUUAGUCAUUUAGACUAAUUUUACUUAGGUAUAUUAAGCGUCCAAUGAUCUACAUAGGCAGUGUGGAUCAUACAUGGAGUACAACGUAGUAAGCUUCAGCUUUUCCUCAGAAAUAGAUUUCGGAAAAAAGUUGAAGGAUCAUUUUAAGACAGUAUAAGGAGCAUAUUUGUAGAUUAUUAAAUGACCUACAAUUGUCGGAGCUAUAUUAUAAAACUAUUUAUGUAAAAAUAAUAAAAUAGCUAUUUAUAUAACAAGGGAGGAAAGUGCCACUUCUCCUCCCGAGCAUGAAGUUUAGUUCAGUAAUCAUUCAAGGGAGGAAAAGGCACUUAACUCCCAUGUUAUACAUAUGAUUUUUCAGCAUCCAUCAAAUUUUAUUAUAGAACUAAAAUAAACUUACAAACUUA